AAUAUGGCUCUCGUACCCCAAAACACUAGCCUUCUAAAUACAUUUGCUCAAGAUUUCACCGAACUUAUGAAAGAUGAAUCCCUAUACGACUUGAAAAUUAUUCUUCCCAACGGGAAAAUUAUCUUGGGUCAUAAAUUUUGCAUAAUGGUUCGUUCCAUGAAAUUUCGUAAAUUUUUCCAAAAAUCGGAUACUAUAACUGAAGCGCAAAUGAUAGAAGAAAUUCCAUUGGAGAAAAUUGUGGGCUCUUCUUUUCUAUCAAGCCAAGCCAUAUCAAGCGCAUUUGAAGAGUUAUUCUUUUAUUUCUAUCAUGACGCACUCAAUGCGGGCAACUGGGAUAUAAUUACGGCAAAUAAAGAAAAUUUUUUGGCGUUUAUUCAAUUGGUCAAAAUACUUGAAAUGAAACAUCUCGUAGAACCUACAUUAAAGAAAAUUGAAGAAUAUUUGUCCGCGAAUAAUGCUGUUAAUCUCUUAAAUGGUAUCAUGAAAUUAAUUGAUUCCAAGCUUUUGAUUGAAGAAAAUAACUUGGAGGAUCUUUAUGAUGAAGCUGCCGAAAAAUGCAUUAAAUUCUUUGAAAACAAAGAUGCGCUACAUGAGAGCGAUUUUAGUACAUUCAACAUGGGAAAUUUAUCACUCGGUUCUUUCAAUUAUCUUAUGGAAAAUAUUUAUUCUACUAACAAGAACAAUAUUCAAGAAACAAAAAAGUUUCUUCUUGCGAUCAAUUGGUUUAACUCUAAAAAAUCCGAGACUGCUGCCAAAAUUCAAGAGGAUAUAUUUCAAAAUGUCGAAUUCCCGUUGAUCCCGCCUGUGACUCUUGCAACAAAGAUUUCUGAUAUCAAAAAGAUUUCACCCGAAAGAUAUCAAGAUGUACUUGAUGCCGUAGUGAUCCAAUUGGCGAAUAAAUGCGAGCAACUAGAACAAGCGGCCAAUGAAUACAUGCGUACCUUAGAACAACGCCUCCAAG